UAUAUAGAUCCGUCAGUACAGCAAGAUCAUUAAUUGGUACUGCUCUUCAGAUAUACAAUGAAGCUUAUAUAUUGUGUUGUUCUUGCUUACAUUAUUACAGUAUGUCAUGGCUAUCCAAACAGUAUUAUAAAGUCGAGUACAAGACAUAUUCUCCGUAUAAUCGGGGGAGAUCCAGCGGAUAUCAAAGAUUAUCCUUAUCAGGUUUUACUGAUGAUAGAUGGUGAAGCCAAAUGUGGAGGCUCGAUUCUGACCGAGAGUUUCAUUUUGACUGCAGCGCAUUGCGUUUAUGAUGUUAGAGCCAGUCAAUUGAGUAUUAGAGCAGGUUCCAGUUACAGAUCUUCAGGGGGACAAGUUGUUACAGUAGCAGCUUUAACCUACCAUGAUUAUUUUGAUUCUGAUACAUAUGACUACGAUAUAGCCAUCCUAAAACUUAGUCGACCUUUGACUUUGGGAGUUGGUGUGGCUAUAGUCCAACUACCUGCAACCACAGAUGAUAUUAUUGCAGGAGAAGAAGCUAGUGCGACCGGCUGGGGCUUGACAGAUUCAAAUGGAACUACCCUUCCAGAACAAUUACGGGUUGUAGUGUUGCCUCAAAUAACCACUCAAACAUGCAAGAACUAUUACGGCUCGUAUAUAACAGACACUAUGUUUUGUGCUGGAUACAAAACCGGUGGAAAAGACACUUGUUUGGGUGAUUCUGGAGGUCCAAUUGUAGUGGAUGGUUAUGUAAUCGGCAUUACUAGCUGGGGAUCUGAAAAUUGUGCAGAAUCUGGAAAACCCGGAGUGUUUACCAAAGUAUCUUUCUUUAGAGAUUAUAUCGAUAAAAUUGUAGCUGCAGGAGUAGACAAAAAGAGUUAAUAAAAUUUACAUGUUUAUCA